CGUAUAAUCUAGUGGACGGUUCUUCAUAAACAGCUCGUCAACCACCUCGGUAGCUUGCUAGCCAACAUAGCCGAAAGAUUCAAGCUAUUUAUACGAUUUCGGUCUAUAUUAGCCACUGUGUUUUAGACACACGUCUGUCGUAUCUACUUGUUAACCUAUUUAAUUUAAUAUUACGUAACUUUUUAUUAGUCAGUUAUAUUAGCUGGCUGGUUAAGAUAGCACUAGCCUAGUCGCUAAUGAUAGCUAGCUAGCUAACAUCCCCGAACAUGAGCUCCCUAAACUUCUCCCCUCCAGUUAAAGAAGAGGAGGUCUGCUGGACGGAGAAAGAAGCUCUGGGGCUGAACAUUGUUGUGAAAGAGGAGAAGGAAGAGGAGGAUGUCACAGUUAAACAAGAAGUAGAGGAUGAGGCUGUUACAGUGAAAGAAGAGGAAGAGGAGGAUGCAGUUUUUGGAGUGAAGAAGGAAGGAGAGAUUACUGUCACAUUGGAGGAAGGAGAUCUGAUUAACACCAGAGUGAGACGCGACUAUCGUGGAUCCUCUGGGAAGCCUCAACAACAUCAUGAUGCUGACGAGGCAGAGAAGAGUCUCUCCAGAUCAGAACUCCUCAAGAAACACCAGCAGAGACCCACAGGGAAGAGAACUCACUGCUGCUCUGACUGUGGGAAAAGAUUCAACUCUUCAUCAGACCUUAAAAUACAUCAAAGAAUUCACACUGGAGAGAAACCUUAUGGCUGUGAUCACUGUGGGAAGAGUUUUACUACAUCUAGCUAUCAAACUAUACACCAGAGAACACACACAGGCGAUAAACCAUAUAGCUGUAAUCAAUGUGGUAAGCGUUUUAUUCGGCUACAAACCCUGAAAUCACACCAUAGAGUACAUACUGGAGAGAAACCUUUUAGCUGUGAUCACUGUGGGAAGAGUUUUUCGACAUCUAGCUAUGUAACUAUACACCAGAGAACACACACAGGAGAGAAACCAUAUAGCUGUAGUCAAUGUGGGAAGAGUUUUACUCACAUCAAAAGUCUGAUAGUACACCAGCGGACACACACAGGAGAGAAACCUUAUAGCUGUAAUCAAUGUGGGAAGAGUUUUUCUACAUCUAGCUAUGUUACUAUACACCAGAGAACACACACAGGUGAGAAACCAUAUAGCUGUAAUCAAUGUGGGAAGAGUUUUACUCAGCUAAACAGCCUGAUAGUCCACCAGCGGACACACACAGGAGAGAAACCUUUUAACUGUGAUCAAUGUGGGAAGAGUUUUACUACAUCUAGCUGUCUGUCGACACACCAGAGAACACACACAGGAGAGAAAUCUCUUAGCUGUAAUCAAUGUGGGAAGAGAUACUCUGAUAAAAGAUCUCUGAUUAAACAUCAGAAAAUACAUACAUGAAGGAGUUGUUUCAUGAUAUCAAUGAAAUAAUGUCACAAUGUAGAAUGUUUUAACAUUGUAGUAGGAGUGUUUUAAUGAUGUCACAAUGUAGAAUGUUUUAACAUUGUAGUAGGAGUAUUUUAAUGAUGUCACAAUGUAUAACCCUAAACGUUUGUCCCCUGUUCUAUUGAUUUUUACAUGAUAUGGGUAUUAGCCUCAGGGGGAAAAUCCAGGCUCUGAAUUGAAAGAGUACUAUUUAUGAGAUUUAACAAAAAGUGAUUAACAAAAAAAAGAGUUGUUACACUUCCCCACGUUGGUGACCUACUUGAAUCAAAAUGCAACACUUCAAAAUGUAGAGAUCUGUUUUCUACAAAUUGUCCUCUAACCAGUGAUGUUAACAUUAUUCCCAGAUUUGGUGUGGGUUUUGAGCUGUUAGUUUUAACAGGACGUGCAACCUCAUCUCCCUCUCGCACAAAUUAUUUUAGCAGGAUAUCGAUGAGUUAUGACAAAUAAGUGUUGCGUUCCUUUUUUUAGUGACCCCUACAUUUCAAUGCAUCACUCCAAAAUAUAGCUGACUGUCCUCUAAUCAGUGAGCUAAAAUGUAUCUCCCAUUUCCAUGUGUUCUUUUUUUUUUAGUUGUGUUAGUUUCAACAGCACGAACAACCUGAUUUCCCCCCUAAUUGACAUCAGUGAUUUAUUGCUACUUGACAAAACAACAGCGUUUUUGGUGCUUGUGCAGUUUAUAAGGAGCUUGUUUUAAAAAAUACAAUUAUUGUAGCAGAUGUUUGUGUAUAUACCACAUGUUAGAUUUUUAAUUUAUCCCAAACUGUUUCUGCAUAUUGGUUAUUGAUUUGGACACGUUAAAACUGUGUUUUCACAUUGGGAUAUCCCACCUAGCAAAAUGUAAUUGAAAAGACAUUGAAAAUAAGACUAUGCAAUCAAAUAUUUCAUAUUUACAUUUCAUAUAACAUUUAGUAAUGAAAAUUAUUCAUGCAACCAACGGACAAUUAUUUGGUACAAUUAUAUUGACAUUGUUGCCCUGUUUUUAGAAUAUCAGGGCUAAUUCUCACAUGUGCCAAAUGUACUAGAGCAUGACAUUGGAGACUGGGCCCCGAUCCAACAACAUGCCUAUCUAGUGAACCCUGAGAAGAGAGAGAAGCUCCACAGUGAGGUGGAAAGUUACUACAGAUAUUGCAGGAGUUUCCUCUUGAAAUCAGACAUGUCUGUGGUAAGGACAACUUGGUUGCUGAUUGUCUCAAGGGUGGGCAGUCAAAAAGAUUUGUGUUUUGCGUUUAGCCAGUGCGUUACCAUGGAUCCCAGUUGAUUUUGACUGCACGUUUUUCUGUAUUGGAGAGGAGUUUUGUUUGGGCUCGUUCCGAUGGGACGAGAGUUCUAGAAGCUAGUGAGUUUUAGGGAGACACGAGUUCUAGAAGCUAGUGAGUUUUAGGGAGACGAGAGUUCUAGAAGCUAGUGAGUUUUAGGGAGACGAGAGUUCUAGAAGCUAGUGAGUUUUAGGAAGACGAGAGUUCUAGAAGCUAGUGAGUUUUAGGAAGACGAGAGUUCUAGAAGCUAGUGAGUUUUAGGAAGACGAGUUCUAGAAGCUAGUGAGUUUUAGGAAGACGAGAGUUCUAGAAGCUAGUGAGUUUUAGGAAGACGAGUUCUAGAAGCUAGUGAGUUUUAGGAAGACGAGAGUUCUAGAAGCUAGUGAGUUUUCGGAUUCUAGAAAGAAAAAUGAGAAAAAAAUAAUACUGUUUAUUAUUAUUUAGAAAUGUGGUGUUUCUUGUUUUUAUUGUUGACAGCCAGUAGACACCAUGUUUAUAUUGGUGAAGCAUUGUAGUUGAUUAUAAUGUGAAAUGGAAGUUGUUUUCUGUUGGUAGUGAGCGAACUUGCCCAACUAAAAUAUAGGCUUAUUUGUCUUUGUUUGCUUCUUCUUGGGCAGAUUUAGUGGGUCUCAUGGUGAGUGUGUUUUAGGUCCCAGUUGUUGUUACUAGUCAACUUUCAGUGGACACCCCCAUAGUGUCUUUCAGAGCCCCUCCUAAAAAACAAGCUUAUAUUUUGGGUUGGAUAUUGCAUCCAAUUAAUAUUUUAAUCAAUGGAAUUUCCUUAAUGUUCAUUAGUCUUUCAGUUGUGUACUAAAUAUUGUUGUUUAUCUUAAUUGUAUUUUCCUGUGAAGCCAUUGUGUUGCAUCCAUGUCUGAAAUGUGCGGUAUAAAUAAAGCUUGAUUUGAGUUAGA